GGGAAAUAUAUUCCAAUAUUAUCAACAACAUUCUGAAGAAAGAUUGUAUAUUAUUUUGGUCUUUGGGGCAUAUACCAAAUCGAUAAGAUUAUGGCUCGUAUAGCCGACGACACAGACUUCGAGAUGCUAAAAUAUCUCGUGGACGACAACGAAGGUUGGACACUGGAACUCUCAAAAGCCAACACGGAAGUAUGGACACGUCCAGUAGACGGAUGCAAUUUUCACAUGGUCAAAAUAAAUACAUUGUUUGACGACAUUACAUCAGAUACGCUUUUUGAUGUCCUGCAUGAUCCUGACUACAGACGCGUCUGGGAUACUCAUAUGCUAGCCAGUGAAGAAAUUGGCAUUGUUAACGUUAACAACGACGUGGGAUACUAUGCGAUGAGCUGCCCACCACCUCUAAAGCCCCGGGAUUUUGUGCUUUUGCGCUCGUGGUUAGAUACAGGACCCUUGGGAGAACAAAUGCUAAUCUCCCGUUCAGUUACCCAUCACGACUGGCCACCUCGGAAAGGAUACAUAAGAGCUACUUCCCAUUUAACUGGUUUCGUUUUACGUUCCCGGGGAGAAAAAUGCAUCUUGAGCUAUGUUACGCAUUGUGACCCCCAGGGAGCCCUUCCACCAUGGCUGGUCAACAAAGUAACCCAUACAUUAGGUCCUCGAAUGAUCAAGGACCUGAAAAAAGCAGCUCUUGGCUACAUCGCGUGGAAAAGUACACAGGAAAAUUACCGAAAGCCUUGGCGUUUUCCAGAGGAAAUGUCGCUACCCCGUAUUUCACUAUCAGAAUUCCACAGCAUAGAUAACAAGCCAGCGGAAGAAAAUGCUACUAGUGAGAAUAUAAUUAAAAAUAUAAAUGGCAAGUCAAACAAAGAAAGUAAGAAGAAAAAACGUCUAUUCUAAGAUUUGUAAUACAGAUUAUCUGUAUGAUUAAACAGAUAACACAUAGAACUCUAAAAAAAAAACUCUUUUAGUUGAAAUAAAGAGUUAUUAACUGACUAUUAGAAUAUUAAAUAUAUUUAGAAAAUCGUUUAGCUCUAUAGACUAUGGUGAUAUUUAUAAAAGAAUAAAAAAUAUUCUGAAGAACAUAAAAUAUUUUCUAUACUCUGAGAUUGAAGGAAAUUUGUCUGAGUCUGCAGAAAAGUUAAUCAUAAAACGAUAUAAGAUCAAUUAAAAUUUGAGCCAAUAUAAAUGCAAUCAUUGUUUUUCUAGCAGACUUUCUCUUCUAAACUCAGUGACAGAAUAUUCUGCAAAUGUACAAUGCCACAAAAUAAUGAUAUAAAGAAGUCUAAAAACAAAUAUAUAAUUGUUAUUGUUGAAGAAAAAUGUUGUUGACAUAUUAUUGUCCACGCUCUUCCAAAAAACAGAACUCUUAUUACUUUAAUCAAAUUCUUUUAAUAACUCCUAAUUCUUUGGAAUUCAAUUUGCGACAUAAACAACAGUCAAACGAUUAUAACUUCCGAUCUUUUCACAUUUAUUACUGAGCAUUGAAAUUUCUAACUUAGACAGACUGCAUGAAUUAUAAAUUAGUAUUCUACUAUUAAGAACUAUAUCAAUUGGCCUAUUGCUAUUGUCAUAUUGAUAAAUUAAAUUAGUGAUUUUUACUUAGUGAACAAGAGCAACGAAAAUUUCGAAUACACGUAUCUACUGAGCUUAUAUAGACGACAUUAUUUAAGUAAUUCUCAAUUAUGAAAAAGAUGUGAAUUCUUGUUAAAGAAUAACAACUAAAAUUGAUAAAUUUACAGCACAGUAUGUAUAGUGUUGUUUAAUUGCAAUUAUCAUUUACUGUAGUUGUAUUAAUUAAUGUAUUAUUGUUAUUAAAACAAAAAAAAAUUGUUCCUUAGCAAAGCACAGUUGAAAUAAACUUGUGUUACCUUAAAAA